CCUAAUUUCUCUGGACUUUUGAAUAAAAUCAAAACAUAGAGCAAACUGCAAACAAAUACAAAAAGAAAAGACAAGAAAAAUGAAUAUUCGUCGUAAUUUCCAUUGCAUAUAUUUAAGGGUGCACAAGCUUUCAUCUUCAACAAGUCUUACUCGUGGGUGUUUCAACAAGUCUUCUUCGUGUAGACCCAAAAGGUAGUUGAUUUGUGGUCGACCUGAGCUCAUAAAUGAUGGCCAAAGUGGUGGUGGUUAGCGGCAUCGUGGCGGUGCUUGGAAUAACAUCUAUGGUAGCAGGUUUUGCUGCUGAACCUACUAGGAUUAAGGCAUCAAAAGUUUAUAUCGAGCAUUUAUCAUGUGCUUAUCCUAGUAGUCAUGCUAUCCGAUUUGGAAUAUUGGCGCUUGUGUGCACAAUAAUAAGUCGAAUCCUUUUACUCAUUGUAGUCGGGUGUUGUUGUCGUCCUAGUGGCUACACAUCAACCCCGAUCAAAAACAGUAACGUCUUCAAUAUCUUGUCAUGGAUAGCGUCGGUUGUAGCAGUGAUUCUAUUUUUAGCAGGUUUGGUGAUAUAUAAUCAAGAGCGCAUGCAAGAAAAAUACCAUGGUAGGCUUACGUGCGACGUCGUAAAGCCUGGGCUCUUUGUAUCUGGUGCCUUGUUUUCAUUUUUUAGUUCCUUUUUCGGGAUUGUGGCUUAUACUUCUGUAUCUUCGUCUAUACAAACAACCUCACAACUUGACAUUGAGCUACCCGUUGGUGAUGUUGAUGUAGAGAAAAGCCCCGUGCAUCCAUGACAAUACUAAGAAUCGAAACAACAUAAAAGCAUGGUUCAUAGCAUUUGUAGGUGUUAAAUUUGUCAAACGUUUAAUAACGGAAAAACAGUAGAUAUAUGGGUGGUUUUUGUAUAACAACAAAUGGACAUUAUCUAUUUGAACGUC